GCGGCGGCGGCGGCGGCGGCGGCGGCGGCGGCCGGGGCGCGCAGGAGCCGCUGACGGUGGCCCGCUACGGCCCGGACGGCACCAUCAGCCGCUCCGAGGAGCGCGCCCGGCUCGUGCUGCCCACGUUCCAGCUGCAGAUCUACCCAGUCCGCGCCGCCGACGCCGGCGUCUAUGAGUGCACCGUCAACGAUGCGCCUGCCACGCAGGCCGUCACCGUGGUCGUCGAAGACGUGCCGCCGGCGCCGCAGCGGCCCCUCGUGGUGGGGUUCACCUCGCGCUCGGCCGAGCUCUCCUGGGCGCCCCGCUACUCGGAGACGGACACGCCGCCGCUCAGCUAUGUCCUGCAGAAGAGGGUAUUUGAUCCGCUGGGUCCUUGGGACCAGACGCAUGAGCUGGAGAUUCCAGCCAUCACCACCAUGUUCAACGUCACCGACCUGCUGCCGUUCACCGCCUACAGCUUCCGAGUGUUCUCCGUCAACAGGGUGGGCAGGAGCGAGCCCAGCGAGCCCUCAUACCCCAUGGUCACGCACCGAGAACAUCCCAGUGGCAAGCCCACGGUCAUCCAGACCCUGAGCCCGGGGCCCGACGCCAUAGAGGUGGUCUGGAGGCCGCCCGAUGCCUCCACCAUGAACGGCGAGUUCAUCGGUCACGUGAUCUCGUACCGACCACGUGACCGGCCGACUGCCGAAUGGAGCAAGAUCGACCUGUCGGGCAACGCUAACGAAACGACGAGUUACGUAAUCGAAGGCCUGACGCCGUACACAGAGUAUCUGAUCCGAAUCCGGGUGAAGAACAUGGUCGGACUCGGACCUUACACGGUCGUCCGAGAGACAACGGAGGAAGGCGUGCCGGGCCGGCCGGGGCAGCUGCGUCACCUCCUCGUCGGCGACACCUGGGCGCUGCUCUCCUGGCGACAGCCGGCCCGUCCCAACGGCGUCAUCGUCGGCUACUACCUCUACUUCGAGUUCGACCGCGCCAACCGCAGCAUCACCGACAACAGGAUCAUCCGUCAGGCGCUCCCCGACAUGACGUACAACCUGACGGGACUAGCUCCGUACACCCGGUACACGGUGUGGCUGCACGCCAAGACCGGGAAGCAUGAGGGCGAGCGCUCGGAGCGGGAUGACGUUCCGCACGGACGUGGGCGGCCCGGGCGGCGCCGGUUCAUCACCAACGCCUCG